AUGGAUGAAGAGCAGGAUAACGAAGACCUAGCCAUCGAAAACCUCAAGAAGCAUAUCGAUAAACUCCCAACCGAUGCGUACGCGAUACACAUCUCUCCGGACGGAAGCCUGAUCUCCGUCUCCAACAAUCCCGAAGACGACGAAACCACCAGCGUGUACUAUCCGCCUUUGGAGAAGCUUCAGCCGCCAGAGCAUAUCCAAACUGUUAUUCGCUCGGACUUGAAAGAAAUUGAUCGAAUUUCUCCCAACGUCGAUCUCGUGUCGUAUCAGGCACACCCCAACGCUGGCGGUGAAAAGAAAGUUAUCUUCAAAUACUACUUUCUUGUACAGUUCCUGCAUAGACUGUGGCAUGAAAUGAACUUGUGGAUGCGCCUCCCUAAGCAUCCAAACAUAGUCCCGUUCGACAGGCUCGUGCUGGACGAACUGAACGGUCACGUUGUUGGGUUCACAAGCGUCUACAUCCCCGGCGGCACGAUUGAGGACAACCGAUCACGCGUCUUUAAGCUCGAGUGGCUUAAGCAGUUGACUCACGUCGUGGACGACCUGAACCUUAAGCACGGCAUCAUGCAUCAGGAUAUCGCUCCACGGAAUCUUCUCGUUGAUCCGUCCACAGACAACAUUCUGGUGUUUGAUUUCAACUACUCGGGUCGCAUUGGAGGUAUUGGGCACAUCAGCGAGCGAGACGAUGUCAAGGGUGUCAUAUUCACCAUAUACGAGAUCAUCACACUUGAUAAACACUUCAGGGAGGUGCCUUACGACCAGCAAGACCCCACUGAAAUCCAAGCGUUAGCCGCAUGGCACAAACACCCAGACGUGCACCUCGAUCACCACGUCUCGGAAUAUCGAUCAGUACUGAAUCACUGGGUGAAGGGGAGGCAGGAGGGAGGACGUAACUCUGUGGAUACAGAAGCACAGGAGCCUAUCGAUUGGCCGCCGCUCGGUCCACCGCCCAAAAAGGAACUCGUCGUCUCGGACGGUAACGGCAAUUCAACUGUGGUAGUGGGAGCCGGCUGGUAUGAUAUACGCCGUGACGAGCGAGAGAAGGGCAAUGUUGUCCUUGAUUGGCAGCGCCCACCACAAAAAACGGUCGCAUAA